GGAUCCUUAUAAGAAGCUGCCUGCUGGUCAAUUUGACCUUCUUCUGCUCCCGAAACUCUCCAGCUGAGACCAAUGCUUUCUCUUCGUGCUGUGGUUGUGGGCUCCGCCCUCGCCUGUACUGCGGCCGGCCAGUUCUUCCCUCCUAAGCCUGAAGGUGUCACGGUCAUCGAUUCAAAGCAAUACGAAGGUGUCCAAAUCUCCUACAAAGAUCCUGGAAUCUGUGAGACCACGCCUGGGGUCAAAUCGUACUCCGGCUAUGUUCACCUUCCCCCGGGUACCCUCACUGAGCUCGGGGUGGACCAAAAAUACCCCAUCAACACCUACUUCUGGUUCUUCGAAUCGCGGAACAACCCUGCCACCGCUCCUCUCUCGAUUUGGAUGAAUGGCGGUCCUGGCGGGUCGUCCAUCAUUGGGUUGCUGCAGGAGAACGGGCCGUGUGUUGUCAACAAGGAUUCCAAUUCAACGGAGCUUAACCCUUGGUCAUGGAACAACUAUGCCAACCUGCUCUACAUUGACCAGCCGGUUCACACAGGUUUUAGCUAUGAUGUGGCCGUAAAUGGUACCUUUGAUGCUCUCACCGGUGACUGGGAUGUCUCUGGCCUGGAGGAUGGGAUGCCCGAGCAGAAUAAUACCUUUUACGUGGGCACAUUUCCCAGCAUGAACAAUCAGACCACAAUCAACGGGACUGUGAAUGCCGCCCGCGCCUUGUGGGUGUUUGCCCAGACGUGGUUCUCGGAAUUCCCCGAGUACAGGCCCCAUGAUGACCGCGUCAGCAUCUGGACCGAGUCAUAUGGCGGUCGCUACGGCCCGGCGUUUGCAGCGUUCUUUCAGGAUCAGAAUGACAAAAUCGCCAACAGCACCCUGUCCGGCCAUCCGAUCCACCUCGACACUCUGGGCAUCAUCAAUGGCUGCAUCGACCUGCUGGUCCAAGCGCCGAGCUUUCCCGGGAUCGCCUACAAUAACACCUACGGCAUACAAGCCCUCAACCAGACCAUCUACGAGGCUGCCAUGCAGGCCUGGAGUAAACCGGGCGGAUGCAAGGACCAAAUCAUCGAGUGCCGGGCGGUAGGCGCCGAGGGGGACCCGGAGAUGCACGGCAACAACGAAACCGUCAACCGGGUCUGCCAGGAUGCGGACGCCUACUGCAUCGAUGAAGUCAAGGGCGUCUUCCACAAAUACUCCGACCGUGGCUACUACGACUUUGCGCAUUCGGCGCAGGACCCCUUCCCGGAGCCGUACUUCAUCGGGUACCUGAACCAGCACUGGGUGCAGGCCGCGCUGGGGGUGCCGGUCAACUACACCCGCUCCGCGGAGAGCAUCUGGGAGGCGUUCCGGUCGACGGGCGACUACGCGCGCUCGGACCGCCGCGGCCUGAUCGAGGAUCUCGGCUACGUGCUGGACACCGGCGUCAAGGUGGCCCUGGUCUACGGGGACCGGGAUUUCGCCUGCCCCUGGACCGGCGGGGAGGAGGUCAGCAAGCUGGUCGAGUACGCCGGGGCGGAGCGGUUCCGGUCGGCGGGCUAUGCGGAGCUGCGGACGAACUCCUCGUACGUGGGUGGCAUGGUGCGGCAGUCUGGCAACUUUUCGUACACGCGGGUCUACCAGGCUGGGCACGAGGUCCCCGCCUACCAGCCCCAGACGGCGUACGAGAUCUUCCACCGGGCGCUGUUCAAUCGGGAUCUGGCGACGGGGAAGAUCUCGACGGUCAAGAAUCCGGGCUACCGGAGCCAGGGGCCGCAGUCGACGUGGAGUAUCAAGAAUGCGGUGCCGGAGAGCCCGGAGCCCGUGUGCUACGUGCUGGCUUUGCAGGAGACCUGUACGGAAGAGCAGAUCGAGAGCGUGGCCAAUGGAUCGGCGGUGGUCAAGGACUACCUGGUGGUGGGGAGGAAGUGAUUCAAGGGAUUGGUGUUGUGCGUUGUGGACCAGAUAAUGGAUCUAACAAGUGGUGGGUUUUGUUAGCACGAAACAAUGUAGUCAGUCC